UGGUUUUAUUUUUUAAUGCUUAAGGUGAACUUCACGGUAGAUGAGAUCCGUAAGAUGAUGGACAAGAAGAAGAAUAUUCGUAAUAUGUCCGUCAUCGCUCAUGUAGAUCAUGGAAAAUCAACCUUAACUGACUCUUUGGUAUCUAAAGCUGGUAUUAUAGCUAAUGCUAAAGCUGGAGAUAUGCGUUUUACUGAUACUCGUAAAGAUGAGCAAGAUCGUUGUAUUACCAUCAAGUCAACUGCCAUUUCCAUGUACUUUGAAUUGGGAGAAAAGGAUUUAGUUUUCAUCAAGAACCCAGAUCAACGUGAUCCUGAAGAAAAAGGAUUCUUGAUCAAUUUAAUUGAUUCUCCUGGUCACGUUGAUUUCUCUAGUGAAGUUACUGCUGCUCUGCGUGUUACUGAUGGAGCUUUGGUUGUUGUUGACUGUGUUUCUGGUGUGUGUGUACAAACUGAAACUGUAUUGCGUCAAGCUAUUGCCGAAAGAAUUAAGCCAAUUUUAUUCAUGAACAAAAUGGACCGUGCUCUAUUGGAAUUGCAAUUGGAAUCCGAAGAUUUGUAUCAAACUUUCCAACGUAUUGUUGAAAAUGUUAAUAUCAUUAUUGCUACUUAUUCAGAUGACAGCGGUCCUAUGGGUGAAGUCCAGGUUGAUCCUAGCAAGGGAAGUGUUGGUUUUGGAUCUGGUUUGCACGGUUGGGCUUUUACCCUAAAACAGUUUGCUGAAAUGUAUGCUGAGAAAUUCAAGAUCGAUGUUGUCAAGCUUAUGAACAGAUUGUGGGGAGAAAAUUUCUUCAACGCCAAAACGAAGAAAUGGGCUAAACAAAAGGAUGAUACUAACCAACGGUCAUUCUGCAUGUACAUUUUGGACCCUAUCUACAAAGUUUUCAAUUGCAUCAUGAACUACAAGAAAGAUGAAGCUACCGAACUUUUGUCAAAGCUUGGAAUUGUAUUAAAACAUGAAGAUCAAGAUAAAGAUGGAAAAGCUUUGUUGAAGGUUGUUAUGCGCACCUGGUUGCCUGCUGGAGAAGCUUUACUUCAAAUGAUAGCCAUUCAUUUGCCAUCACCUGUUGUUGCUCAAAAGUACCGUAUGGAGAUGUUGUAUGAAGGACCUCAUGAUGAUGAGGCUGCUCUUGGUGUGAAGAACUGCGAUCCUGAUGCACCUCUGAUGAUGUACAUCUCCAAAAUGGUACCAACAUCUGACAAAGGACGUUUUUACGCUUUUGGACGUGUAUUCUCUGGAAGGGUUGCCACUGGUAUGAAAGCUCGUAUUAUGGGACCUAAUUAUACACCAGGAAAGAAAGAAGAUUUGUAUGAAAAAGCUAUCCAAAGGACUAUAUUGAUGAUGGGACGUUAUACAGAGGCCAUUGAAGAUGUUCCCAGUGGUAACAUUUGUGGAUUGGUUGGUGUUGAUCAAUUUUUGGUAAAGACUGGUACCAUCACAACAUUCAAGGAUGCCCACAACAUGAAAGUUAUGAAGUUCAGUGUAUCUCCUGUUGUACGUGUUGCAGUAGAACCCAAAAACCCUGCUGAUUUACCCAAAUUAGUAGAAGGUCUUAAACGUUUGGCCAAAUCUGACCCUAUGGUGCAAUGUAUCAUAGAAGAAUCUGGUGAACAUAUUGUUGCUGGUGCUGGUGAAUUGCAUUUGGAAAUUUGUCUGAAAGAUUUGGAAGAAGACCAUGCUUGUAUUCCAAUUAAGAAAUCCGAUCCAGUUGUUUCCUACAGAGAAACUGUUAAUGAAGAAUCCGAAAUCAUGUGCUUAUCAAAAUCUCCUAACAAGCAUAACAGAUUAUUCAUGAAGUGUCAACCAUUCCCAGAUGGUCUGGCUGAAGACAUUGAAAAAGGCCAAGUCAACCCAAGAGAUGAAUUCAAAGCUCGUGCCCGUUACUUGGGUGAAAAGUAUGAAUAUGAUGUUACUGAGGCUCGUAAGAUCUGGGCUUUUGGUCCUGAUGGAACUGGUCCUAACUUAUUGAUUGAUUGCACCAAAGGAGUACAGUAUCUUAAUGAAAUUAAGGACUCUGUUGUUGCUGGUUUUCAAUGGGCUACCAAAGAGGGAGUAUUGGCAGAAGAGAAUUUGCGUGCUGUUAGAUUCAACAUUCAUGAUGUUACAUUACACGCUGAUGCUAUCCACAGGGGAGGUGGUCAAAUCAUUCCAACUGCUCGUCGUUGUAUGUACGCUUGCAUCUUAUCUGCUCAUCCAAGAAUUAUGGAACCUGUGUACUUGUGUGAAAUUCAGUGCCCUGAAGUUGCAGUAGGAGGUAUUUACAGUGUUUUAAAUAGACGUAGAGGACACGUUUUUGAGGAAAGUCAAGUUGUUGGUACGCCAAUGUUCGUUGUUAAGGCAUACUUGCCUGUCAAUGAAUCUUUCGGAUUUACUGCUGAUUUACGUAGUAACACUGGAGGACAAGCUUUCCCACAAUGUGUGUUUGACCAUUGGCAAGUAUUCCCUGGUGACCCAUGUGAAACUGGAUCAAAACCAUAUGUUGUUGUUAUGGAUACUCGUAAGCGUAAAGGUCUUAAGGAUGGAUUACCAGACAUCAAUUCAUACCUUGACAAAUUGUAAACAUAAUAUUAGCUCUAAAAUCGCCGCAUUUUUUUUUUUUUUUAUUAUUAUUAUUAUUUUGAAUAUUGUUAAUUGCAAUAGUAUGAAAGACUCUAUGUUUUUAUUUCCAACAAAUGUUAUGAUUUUAAAUUAUAAACAAUUCUUGUUAUUUUCUGUAAUAACAAUUAUUAACUUUCUAUAUACGACUGUAACAUUGUAUCAUUUGAUGGUUCCAUUUUCAAAACAAAAUCAUGAAUUUAUUGAUAAUAUUAUGUGUUGCGUCAAGUGUGUUUGGUAAUGCUGUGCAUGACCCUAAAAUACCUAAUAAAAACAAAUUGAUAUGAAAA